GGUGCUAUAGAAGAGGGCAAAUUAGCAGUCGUAGAGUUAGCAAGCUAAAACAGCAAGAAGAUGUGAGGCUUGAUUCAUUACUUAAGCCGUAUAACCGCCAUGUUGCAAACGUCAAAGCAAAAACUGCAGAUCACAUUGAGAUGGGAAGUGUCAAUGAUCAGGAGUUGCCACUUUUUAACUUGCAGGCCAUAGAAACUGCAACUGAUCAGUUCGCCACGCAAAAUAAGCUUGGUGAAGGUGGCUUUGGACCAGUUUAUAAGGGAAAAUUGCCCCAAGGUCAAGAAAUUGCAGUAAAAAGACUUUCCCAGAGAUCAGGACAAGGAGUGAAGGAGUUCAUGAAUGAGGUCACCCUGAUAUCUAAACUCCAGCACAGAAAUCUAGUGAGGCUUUUGGGAUGUUGCAUACAAGGAGACGAGUAUAUAUUAAUCUACGAAUACAUGCCCAACAGAAGCUUGGACUCGUUUAUAUUUGAUUCUACCAAACGAACACUGUUAGAUUGGACCAAACGUGUAUCCAUUAUUGAAGGAACUGCUCAAGGGCUUCUUUAUCUCCAUAGGUAUUCAAGGCUGAGGAUUAUUCGUCGCGAUCUAAAAGCAAGCAACAUAUUGUUAGACAAUGAUAUGAACCCCAAAAUAUCUGAUUUUGGAAUGGCCAGAAUAUUUGGAGAAAGUGAAACCAGAUCAAAGACAACAAAAAUUGCUGGAACAUAUGGCUACAUGGCUCCUGAAUAUGCCAUGGAUGGUCUCUUUUCCGAAAAACCAGAUGUAUUUAGCUUUGGAAUCAUUGUGCUCGAGAUUAUUAGUGGACAUAGAAAUAUGGCCUUCUUCGAGUCUGAUAGCUCUCUGAACCUACUUGGCCACGCGUGGAAUUUGUGGAAGGAGGAAACACCGCUGGAACUUCUGGACUCUACAGUAGCUAAUUCUUCAUGUUCAGCAAGUGAAGUUGUUCGAUGCCUUCAAUUAGGUCUCUUGUGUGUUCAAGAGAGAGCUGCAGAUCGUCCUUGCAUGUCAGAUGUCAUAUCCAUGCUUAGAAAUGAUACCAUUGUUCUUCCUCUACCCAAAGAACCUGCAUUUCUGGCACAAUUCACCAGUGGUACUGACAGUCAUUCAUCACGAAACCAGAAUAGAGAUCAUUCCAGAAAUGAAAUAACCGUUUCAGAAGUUCAUGGAAGAUAGAAUUUCGAGAUGUUCAGUUAGAAAACGUUAGUAAUCUGUACAUGUUUCAUACUUGGUAGCAAAAUCCUGUACAUGUUCACAUCUGUACUUUUU